AAGAUUCAGAUACUCCAGCUUGAUGAUUCCACAAAGAGUGACGAUAAGAACUCUCCUUUCAUAAAACCUUUGGCUCUCAGAAAAAGUGGGAAUAUUUUCUUCAGAAAAUCUAAUAAUUUUAUCAGGAAAAGAGAAAAAUUAACCAAAAAGAAAGAGUAAGGCUUAACUAUAUUUUUACGAUAUCAACACUUUUGCUCAUACAUUGGCUCUAGUAACAGGUAUGAGUUGUUAUAAUCGUAGUUUCCAUUGCAAAAUGGUCGUCAAUAGAAUAGCAGCUAAAGAAAAAGGCAUGCUAAAGCAGCUUGAGUCCUCAGGGUAUACAAAUGAUGAUUUUAAACAACUCAAUCCUAUACUAUACAAGAAAUGGAAGUCUUGAAUUGAGGAUAGUCAAGCACUACGCUCUCAGUCGCAUCUGUAUCAAUAUAUCUCAGGGAACUAUCUUACAUCAUUCACAUCAGGGCUUCAAUAUGAUCUUAAAAUAGGCAAAGGUCAGAGCAAGCAUGAAGCUUGUGUCAGUUUAUUUUCAAAUAAUGCUAAAAAUACACAAAAAAUAUCCCUGAUCCCAGAUCCAAUAAUGUCACGGACGAUCUCGCCAUGCAGUACUUUGAAGGGAGGCUAUGAGUUAAAUGAAGUUUCAAUUUAA